AUGGCGGAUAAAAUUCUAUUGACAUAUGUUAUUCUGGACAUACUCUUUGUAGGUUCAGGUGCAUUAUUGCUUGGGUUUGCCUUGAACACGAAGGCUGGUACUUCGCAGGCUCCUACUAUUGCUAGUGUAGCUACAGAUUUGUUGUUGAUGGGUACACCUUUGAAUGCCGCCAUUGGAAAUGCAAUCUUAAUCUUCUUCUCCUUCCUCCUCUCCAUUCCCGCCAUGCUCCUCAGCACCACUCGCGGCUGGCUCAAAGUUCAUGGCUUCAUGGUCGUUGUCUGUGGUCUCUUUACUCUCGUCAUCGGCCUCGAUAUUUGGUUCGGUACACUAGAAUCGAAAGAGUCUCUUCUCAGUACAUGGAAUGCCCAAUCUACGACGACCCAAAGUUUGUUGCAGGAACAAUUGAGCUGUUGUGGAUAUUUCAAUAGUACGAGUGCGCCACCUUUCGUAAUAGAUAGUACAUGUCCUAAUGCUAUCAUUGCGGCCACAAUGCCGGGAUGUUCAGCGGCCUUUGUCAAGUUGGAUGGAUUAUUCUUGGAUGUUAUCUUUACAGCGGCUUUUGGAAUCGUGGGCUUGGAUGUUGCGCUUAUUUUCGGUAUUGCAAUGCUUAAUAAGGAUCGUAAGGAGAGGGAAAGAUAUAGGUUUAUUGAUGAGAAGAAUGGGACAGGAUCUUUCUAA